CCAUUGUGUCGCGCAGAUUGCUGUGGCAGAGUUGAAGCUGAUCUGAUGGCAGCGGUGUUCGAGCGCGCAGCGGCGGAGCUCAAGGCGGCUAAUGUAGCCGUGAGCGACACGCACAAGCUGCAGCUGUAUGGACUGUUCAAGCAGGCGACAGUAGGUGACUGCAGCGUGGCAGCUCCUAGCGCCUUCCGUCCAGUAGAGCGCGCAAAAUGGUCUGCACGAAAUAGUCUGUUCUUUUAGAGCUAGUUCACAGCUUUUUAACUCAUGCGUGUCAUGGGUUUAGGGAGAGCUGGCGCAAGUUGAAAGGCACAUCGCUCCAGGACGCCAAGCACCGGUACGUGCAGCUGGUUAAGACGCUGCUACCAAGUUUCCAAGCUGCAGUUGAAGAGCAGAAGGUUGUGGAGCCUCCAACUAAGGCUACACCCAGUACACGACCCAGACAAGAGGCUCCUGGACGCAGCUCGCAGCUGAUGCAGCUGCUGCUGUAUCUGGCGACCGGAGCCGCGCUCUUAGUCGCCAUCAAGGUGGCACAGCCCUGGAUAUACGUCACGGCCGACGAGGAGCUGAUGCAGAAGCUCUCACCACUACUGUGGUUCGCCCUGGGUUACCUUAUCGUUAUCGUGUUGAGGUCUAAGAGCUUUCCGUGGCCAGAUAGACUGCAGGUCUCUUCUGUUGCGUCUACUGCACGCUUUCGAGGUAGCAGACGCCGCCGUCGGGCACCAGUGGAGUUGGAUGUAUUUCUUCGCAAGCAUGGCGUCCAGGUCGUACGUCAGCCAGAGGAGGGAUAUAGUGUGCCGCGCUUGAUGCUGGGGCUGCCAGAGGAUCAGGACGCGUUCCAGUUUGGCGACCAUAACGCCACGAUUCCGUACACUGUAGAACAGACUGCAGACGUGUACUACCGUAAAUUCAAAGAGCCCUUACCAGACCCGGCCAGUCGCCUGUUGCACUCGAUUGAAGUGAUCGAGGAACGGCAUCUGGAUGAAUACUGCGCCGUCUUUAAACGCCGACUGCUGCGAUUCCGGAACGAGGCCCCUUCUCUAAUCAAGCGGUUUGCCAGCUCUGACUUCGUCGAGUACUUCGAAGACUCGCUGCUCGACAAGCAGAACCGCCUAUUCUAUGUAUACGUCAAGAACGAGUCUUUCCAGUCGCUGGGUGUGCUGGAAGACUUCUCUGUGUACAAAGCUGACGCAAACAAGUCGCACUGGACACAUCUCCACCAAUUCUGCCGUGUGCAUAUCACCAGUUCCUCCUUGUCGUUUUUCCGAUCGCAGAUCGAGUCGUUUAUUUCAAACUUCUAUUGCAAGAACGCCCCCGACGCCAGAAGCUAUCACCUCCAACGCAUUACAGAGGAGUUCGGCCCACCUACCGAGUAAAGGUAGCAUGUACGAGUUACUUCACUUGAAAAUGUACUCGUGCCUCAAUUUGUUCCUUUGACGGUUUCCAAACUUUCGUGAGGGGACACCAUUUGUGCUGCUAAU